AUGUCAGAUGAUUUUGACCCAUGCGAAUGUAUUUACAACUACGAAUUGUCGAUGCAGCGGCUCCUAUCCAUGCUGCGGCAGUCGCAAGCUUACUGCAAUGACGUCUAUUGUCAGAGCAAUCCACCAAAUUCUGAUCUGAAUCUGAACGACAAUUCGGUUUCUGCCUCUUUCCUCGUGUUCUUUGCGUGGAUUCUUGCUGUUGCCGGCAUCUUAGCUUUUCGUGGCUUGCGUCGGGGCAACAGCAAUGGGUUUAACAAGCCUGGUCCCGCUAGAAAUAACGACCCGGAGCCACCAACUAUCAACUAA